AUGGGGAAUUUUGUGUGUAUCGAAAUUUCUAGUGAUCAAACGGUGGAUCGUUUCAUUAGAUUCUUACGUGGUAAAGGUUAUAUUCGAAACCUCAAGAAGAAUCUCAGGCGAGAGAGGAGACACGACAUCAACAAAGGCUUAAAGCUGUCCAGCUACAAUUAUGGGAAAAGCGUAUACUUGUUGUUAGAAGAGGUUAAGAAUCUCAAAUCAGAAGGUAAUUUCGAAGUGGUUGCUGAGCCGGCUCCAACAUCUGGAGUAGAGGAGAGGCCUACUCAGUCUACGAUUGGUCAGGAUAAAUUGCUCGAAACGGCAUGGAAUCGCCUUAUGGAAGAUGGAGUCGGUAUUUUGGGUCUGCAUGGUAUGGGUGGUGUUGGCAAAACUACACUCUUCAAAAAAAUCCACAAUAAGUUUUCUGAAAUGGCUAGUGGCUUUGACGUUGUGAUCUGGAUUGUGGUGUCUCAAGGCGCAAAGAUUUCAAAGAUUCAAGAAGAUAUCGCACAAAAGCUACACCUUUGUGGCGACGAGUGGACCAACAAAAAUGAAAGCGAUAAGGCCACCGAUAUAUACAAAUUUUUAAAGAAGAAAAGAUUUGUAUUGAUGCUUGAUGAUAUAUGGGAGAAAGUGGAUUUAGAGGCUAUCGGAGUUCCGGAUCCAACCAGAGAAAUUGGACGCAAAGUAGUAUUCACCACUCGUUCCCGAGAAGUAUGUGGGCGGAUGGGGGAUCAUGAACCAAUGGAAAUCAAAUGUUUGGAACCAGAGGAAGCAUGGGAAUUGUUUAGAAACAAGGUCGGAUACAAUACAUUAAGUAGAGAUCCUGUUAUUGUCCAGCUGGCAAGAAAGGUCGCUGAAAAAUGUCGAGGUCUGCCACUUGCGCUCUGUGUCAUUGGUGAGACAAUGGCAUCUAAAACUACUGUACAAGAAUGGGAGCAUGCAAUCGAUGUUUUGAAUACAUCCGCU